CCGUUGACGCACUACGACAUCUUCCCCGAGACGCUGCCCCUGGGACCCCCUCCCGCAGGCCACUUCCCCAUCGACACGCGCGCCCUCCGCCGCGAGUUCCUGCGCCUCCAGGCCCGUCACCAUCCUGACAUGCACCCGCCCGGCCCCCUCAAGACCCGCGCGGAAGCCACCUCGGCACUCAUCAACGACGCCUACAAGACGCUCACGAACCCGCUCCUGCGCGCGCAGUACCUCCUCUCCCUGCGCGGGGUCAACGUCGCCACCGACGAGACGAUGCAGGUUGACGACCCGAGCCUGCUGGCCGUGGUCCUGGAGGCGCACGAAGAAAUCUCGGAUGCCAACAAGGAGGAGGAUCUCGCCGAGUUGAGGGCGGUGAAUGAUGCGCGCAUUGGAAAGAGCGAAGAUGUUCUUGAAGAGGCCUUUCGGGAGGACGACGUGCCGGCGGCGAAGAGGGAGGCCGUCAAGUUGCGGUAUUGGGUCAAUAUCAAGCAGAGUCUGGAUAACUGGGAAGAAGGCCGACCGGUGGUGCUGGAGCACUGA